GCAUCACGCUACCGCCAUGGCUCUUCUUGUCCUAGUACUGACCACGGUGGCUUUCUCGCUGCUGCUACCCGGCACGGGCGCGCUCGAUCAGCCAGCAAACGCCACCGACGACGACCUCUCGGCGCUGCUAGCCUUCAGGACCAGCGUGCGUGACCCGCGCGGCGUCCUGCGCCGCAGCUGGACGGCACGCACGCCCUUCUGUGCCUGGCUCGGCGUCUCGUGCGACGCCCGCGGUCGGCGUGUGGCCGCGCUGUCGCUCCCCGGCGUGCCACUCGGCGGCGCCACACCGCCGGAGCUUGGCAACCUCUCCUUCAUCUCCCACCUCAACCUCAGCCGCACAGGGCUGGCCGGCGUGAUCCCUGCCGAGCUUGGCCGGCUCAAGCGGCUCAGACACCUCGACCUCGGCGAGAACCGCCUGUCAGGUACCAUCCCCUCGGCGCUCGGCAACCUCACCGAGCUCCAGUACCUACACAUCGGCUACAAUUCACUCUCCGGGGCCAUUCCCACACAGUUGCGCGCGCUGCGCAACCUCCGGUACAUAAACCUCAACAGCAACGACCUGAGUGGCACCACCUCUAGGCCUCUUCAACAACACGCCCAAUUUGAGCGUCAUAUGGUUUGGCAGGAACAGGCUCGCUGGAAGCAUACCUGAGGCCAUUGGGCAUUUGAGGAAGCUUGAAAUCCUUGUCCUCGAACUCAACCUUCUUACUGGCACUGUCCCUGCUGCCAUCUUUAACAUGUCCAUGCUCCGAAUCUUCGGUUUGGGGAACAACAAUCUUUUCGGCUCCCUCCCUGGCAACAAGAGCUUUAACCUCCCCAUGCUACAAAAACUAGGUCUUUCUUGGAAUCAUUUCACUGGCCCAAUCCAGCCGGCACUGGCCAGAUCCAACAAACUUGAGCUUCUUUCUAUCUCCAUUAAUAACUUCACUGGUCCUGUACCGGCGUGGUUGGCAACAAUGCCUCGGCUUUCUACUAUUCUACUGUCGGCAAAUAACCUCGUCGGUAAGAUCCCGGUUGAGCUAAGCAACCACACAGACCUUGUCAUGCUUGAUCUUAGUGUCAACCAGCUGGAAGGAGAAAUUCCACCUCAAAUAGGCUAUUUGAGAAACCUCAAUUACUUGAGCUUUUCGACAAACCUCCUAACAGGUAAAAUUCCUGAAUCCAUAGGCAAUAUAUCAAGCAUAAAAACUCUUGAUCUGACACUCAAUGCCUUCACUGGAUCAGUUCCAACCACGUUUGGGAAUGUUCGUAGUCUUACGGGCUUGUAUGUGGAUGGAAACAAGCUUAGCCGGAAGCUAAACUUUUUACAUGCACUCUCCAACUGCAAGAACCUGAGUACCCUUGGCAUAUCGUCCAAUUCGUUUGCAGGAAGCAUACCUGACUAUUUGGGAAACCUUACUUCACAACUCCAGUACUUCAUAGCAAGUUCUAACAGCUUAACGGGGAACAUUCCAGAUACAAUUGCAAAUCUUAGCAGCCUUACCACAAUUGAUCUCGACGGAAACCAACUGAGCGGGACCAUCCCUGUAUCCAUCACUACACUGAACAAUCUCCAAGAACUCAACCUUGCCAACAACACCUUGACCGGCGCCAUCCCAGAAGAAAUUUCCAGAUUAACACGCCUAGUACGAUUGUAUCUUGAUAAAAACCAGUUGUCUGGCUCGAUACCGAGCACUAUGGGUAAUCUAAGUGAGCUGCAGUACAUGACAUCUUCUCUUAACUCACUGUCUUCGACCAUACCCUUCAGUCUCUGGCGCCUCUCAAAGCUCAUCAGUCUUAAUCUGGCAUACAACAUGCUGACUGGUCCACUGCCGAGAGAUGUUAGCCAAGUAAAACAAAUUGCUCAAAUGGAUCUUUCAAGCAAUCUUAUGACCGGUGGCUUACCGGAUUCCUUGGGCAGGCUCCAGAUGCUCACCUAUCUGAACCUGUCAAACAAUUCAUUCGAGGAACAAAUCCCAAGCUCAUUUGGAGAGCUAGUCAGCAUAGAGACCAUGGACCUAUCAUACAAUUCCCUUCGGGGUACCAUACCAAAGUCACUGGCCAAUCUGACCUUCCUCACUAGCCUGAACCUCUCUUUCAAUAAACCAGAUGGUCCGAUACCGGAUAGAGGAAUUUUCUCAAACAUCACACUCCAGUCUUUGAGAGGAAACGAUGCUCUUUGGGGCCCCUCACGUCUAGGCAUUUCACCCUGCCAGAGCCAUCAUAAAUCACCGGAAUCGUUGAUAAAAAUUAUACUUCCUGUAGCCGGGGGAGUUGCAAUUUUGGCUACCUGCUUGUGCAUAUUAAUCAGAACAAAGAUCAAAAAGUGCAAAAGGACAUCAGUUCCCUCGGAGUCCAACAUAAUCAACUACCGGUUAAUAUCAUUCCACGAGCUUGUUCGUGCUACAGAAAACUUCAGUGAGGACAAUCUGCUUGGAUCUGGGAACUUUGGCAAAGUCUUCAAGGGACAACUGGAUGACGAAUCAAUUGUUGCAGUAAAGGUGCUCAGCAUGCAACAUGAAGGAGCCUCUGUGAGUUUUGAUGCAGAGUGUCGUGCUCUGCGCAUGGCCCGUCACCGGAACCUAGUGAAAAUACUUAGCACUUGCUCCAACUUUGAAUUCAAGGCCCUGGUGCUCCAGUACAUGCCAAAUGGGAGUUUGGAUAGUUGGCUGCACUCAAGCAACAGCCCUCAGGGUUUGGGGUUCCUCAAGAGGUUAGAAAUUAUGCUAGAUGUAGCGAUGGCGAUGGAGUACCUCCACCACCAGCACACCGAGGUUGUUCUUCAUUGUGAUCUGAAGCCUAGCAAUGUAUUGCUGGACGCAGACAUGACUGCGCACAUCGCUGACUUUGGCAUUGCCAAGUUGUUGUUGGGUGAUGAUAACUCCAUUGCGUUGACAAACAUGCCCGGAACAAUUGGCUACAUGGCACCAGCGUAUGGAUCAACUGGUAAAGCAUCACGCAUGAGCGAUGUGUUCAGCUAUGGGAUCAUGAUGCUGGAGGUCUUCACGGGGAAAAGACCCACUGGCCCGCUGUUCGGUGAGGAGCUCAGCUUGCGGCAAUGGGUUACUGAAGCAUUUCCAACCAGGCUUAUAGAUGUUGUCGACAACAAAGUUCUAUCACAAGGAAUCAAGAGUGAUUGCCAUGCUGGCGAUGAAAGCGCGUCGAGAGAGCAGUCUAUCAUUCUCAACACAUGCCUUGCAUCUGUAAUAGAGUUGAGUUUACAGUGCUCAUCAACGAUGCCUGAUGAAAGAACCGCCAUGGACAAGGUGGUAGUGAAGCUGAACAAGGUAAAGGUAGAUUACUGCUUGCGGCUAGAGGGCGAAUGAAACCACCUUCUGCUAUCAUAUCUCCUAGAACAGAAGAUCAUAUACUUCUUGAGUUAACGGCAAUAAGGAUAAUAUACCAGAUAUGUAGUAGAAAUAGAACUGUAAUUAUGCGUGAGUUGCAUAUAACUUGGUGUUGGUAACAGAUGGUCAGUAAUAUACUUCUUGAGCUAAGUACAAGGAGAUAAUGUACCAUGUGUCAUAGAGAGAGUAAAUAGCAUAAAACUACUAGUUUA